CACUCGCGCCCAGCAGCGUACGACGGUGAUCGUGCGACCGUGUUUCCUAGGAAACGCUGCCUCCGCGCUGUUCAGCGACCUGGUCGUCUUCCCAUUCUUUUCCAUCCACGCAUACAUAUAUCAGCAGAUGGCUCCUGUCGCUGCUGUGAUGCUCUCAGCUGCGGCUGUGGCGGUGCCAAUGGCGGGCGCCUUCGUCGUAAACCCUACAACAAGGUCGGCGUUCACCAGGCAAAGUUUGGGAGCGAUGCGAGCGCGCUCCCCCUACCCUACUAGCACCAGCAACAGCUGUCGACAGCAGACUCUGCGCAGGCACACGCACGCCAACCUGCGGUGCACGGCCACAUCAACCGCGGAGGGGAGCACCGCCGCCACGGCAGCAGUGGCGGCCGACCAGCACGCGCUGGACCCCACUCUCCACGAGGAGGACGCCGCCGAGGUUGACCACUUCCGGGAUAUCGCGUACCCGCAGAACAAGGCGCGAUGGAAGAAGAACACGAAGCAGAUCGCCACCUUGGGCCCGGCGUCCUGCACGGAGGAGCAGAUCGAGGCUCUCUUCCUCGCCGGCGUGGAUGUCUUCCGACUAAACUUUUCGCACGGCGACCACGACCAGAAGGCCGAGUUGGUGUCCAUCAUCCGGGUCAUCGAGGCGAAGUAUAAGCACCCCAUCUGCAUCCUCGCGGAUCUCCAGGGGCCCAAGCUCCGCGUCGGGACAUUCGAACACGAUACGGUGAACCUGGUGAACGGCCAGAUGUUCCGGUUCGACAUGGACGACGAGCCCGGAGACGCUGCCCGCGUCAAGCUCCCCCACAAGGAGAUCAUCGACACCCUCCAGGAGGGCGAUUCUCUCCUCUUGGAUGACGGCAAGCUGCGAAUGACGGUGGUCGAGAGCGGGGAAGGCUACGUGAUCUGCAGGGUCGACGUGGGCGGCAAGCUGUCCAACAAGAAGGGCGUGAACACCCCCACGGUCCGCCUGCCGAUCUCGGCCAUGACCCCCAAGGACCGCGCCGACCUAGACUUUGCCCUGGUCGUUCCAGGCGGCGUUGAUGUGGUGGCCCUGUCCUUCGUGCAGAGGGCGGCCGACGUGGAGGAGCUCAAGGACAUCGUGCAGGGGAGGUGCCGGGUGAUGGCGAAGAUCGAGAAGCCGCAGGCGGUAGAUGACCUGGAGGACAUCGUGGCCUUGUGCGACGCCAUCAUGGUCGCCCGAGGUGAUCUUGGGGUGGAGAUGCCUCCGGAGAUGGUACCCAUCACUCAGAAGCAGAUUAUCGACUGCUGCAGGCGGCAGGGAAAGCCUGUGAUCGUUGCCACGCAGAUGCUCGAAUCCAUGAUCGACAACCCAACCCCCACCCGCGCUGAAGCAUCCGAUGUGGCAACAGCAAUCUACGACGGUGCUGACGGGAUCAUGCUUUCGGCCGAGUCCGCCGCGGGCAAGUACCCCCUGGAGAGCGUGCGGAUGCAGCAGAAGAUCAUCACCUCUGUGGAGGUCGACCCGCUGUACCGAAGGUACCUGCUGUCGCAAGCGGAGAAGCAGAAGACAGGAUCGGCUACGGACGCCAUCACGAGGGCGGCCCGCCAGGUGGCGGACACUCUCUGCGCGAAGGCGAUCGUGGUCUUCACCUCGAGGGGAACGACGGUCAACAAGGCCGCCCAGCUCCGGCCCAGCGUGCCCGUCAUGGGCGUGACGCCCAACAUCGAGACGGCCAGGGGGUUGGCGCUGACGUGGGGGGUGUACCCGGCGGUGAUCGAGCCGGACAGCGACGACGUGAACUUCCGGAUGAUGCUCUUCAAGUGCUGCGCGGUGGCGCAGGCCAAACUCAUCGCCGACAAGCCGACCGACCUGCUCGUGGUGACCGCGGGGCUCCCCUUCAAGGUCCCCGGAGUGGUGAACAUCUUGCGCGUGCUGCCCGCAGCGGGGCCUGACAUCUGGGACCCUACCCUCACCACCGACCUCGAUGGGAUGGACCACACCGAGGCAUACGUCAACUAUGAUGACGUGUACUAG